UUUCUGCUUCCUGUUUCCCUGCUUCAUCAUCACGCAGAGAACUCUCUUCGAUCUCAUCUUUCUCUAACAUCAAAUAAUUGAUUCGAUCGAUCGAUUAAUCGCCAUGAGUUUCCUAAAAUGGGUUUCUUUUGUUUUGAUACUUCACUUGCUCAAUUCGUGUAUGAUUUCAUCCUCCUCUUCCUUAACCUCUAAUGGGUUUUCUCAAAUCCCUCCAAAGUUUCUUGCUUUGGCUAAAAGAGCUGAUUUUUUCGAUUGGAUGGUUGGAAUCAGAAGAAAAAUCCACGAGAACCCAGAAUUAGGUUACGAGGAAGUAGAGACAUCUAAGCUCGUUAGGACAGAACUGGAGAAGAUGGGUGUGUCUUACAAGUAUCCAGUUGCUGUAACUGGUGUUAUUGGUUAUAUUGGAACUGGUCAAGCCCCUUUUGUUGCAUUGAGGGCAGAUAUGGAUGCACUUUCUAUGCAGGAAAUGGUGGAAUGGGAACACAAGAGUAAGAUUCCGGGGAAGAUGCACGCUUGUGGACAUGACGCUCACACUACGAUGCUCCUCGGUGCUGCGAGAUUGCUCAAAGAACACCAAGAUGAGCUACAGGGUACAGUGAUUCUAGUAUUUCAACCAGCUGAGGAAGGAGGAGGAGGUGCAAAGAAAAUCGUGGAGGCUGGAGUAUUGGAGAAUGUGAGCGCAAUCUUUGGAUUACAUGUUACAAAUCAGUUGGCAUUAGGUCAAGUGAGCUCGAGAGAAGGUCCAUUGUUGGCUGGUAGUGGUUUUUUCGAAGCUAAGAUAAGCGGGAAAGGAGGUCACGCAGCUCUUCCUCAGCACGCCAUAGAUCCGAUAUUGGCAGCUUCAAAUGUUAUUGUUAGCUUACAACACCUCGUUUCACGAGAGGCAGAUCCUUUAGAUUCUCAGGUAGUUACAGUUGCUAAAUUUGAAGGCGGUGGUGCUUUUAAUGUGAUUCCAGACUCUGUUACCAUCGGUGGUACAUUCCGAGCCUUUUCAACUAAAAGCUUUAAGCAACUCCAGAAAAGAAUCGAGCAGGUUAUCACAAGGCAAGCGAGCGUGCAUAUGUGUAAUGCUACAGUGGAUUUUCUUCAAGAGGUGAAACCUUUUUUCCCACCAACUGUAAACGACAAAGGCUUGCACCAAUUUUUCAAGAACGUUUCAGGCGAUAUGUUAGGGAUUGAGAAUUACGUCGAGAUGCAACCAUUGAUGGGAUCAGAGGAUUUCUCUUUCUACCAAGAAUCAAUGCCUGGACAUUUCAGUUUUGUUGGAAUGCAAAACGAAGCUCAUUCACCAAUGGCGAGCCCUCACUCACCUUAUUUUGAAGUUAAUGAAGAGUUACUACCUUAUGGAGCUUCCCUUCAUGCUUCCAUGGCCACAAGAUAUCUUCUUGACUUGAAAACUUCAUCGCCGAAUAAGAGUUACGAAAAAGAUGAACUUUGAUGCCAACAUUCGCUCUCUAUUCUUCAUCUCCCCUACUCGUCGAAAAAUGUCAUUUUUUUUUACAGAGGCUUCCAUGUAAAGAUUAAUAAAUUGUUAUGCAAUGUCAGGCUUCUAUUAAAGAAUCUGAUGGCUUUGCAGAAUCGAAGAAAUGUAAGAACUUUAAUGCAAAAAGAAACAGUGAUUCGGCAAGGUGUAAUGAGAGUUUUA